GAGCGAGCAGCUAAUCUGAGCUAGCCUGCGCAGUGAGGAUGCGCAGCAGUCAGUGCAGCUGGAGAGUUUACCUGCAGACAAGCCGACCCUCAGCUGGCGUUACACCUCACACAUCCACCAGUAUGUUUUAAUCCGCUGGACUGAAGGGAACAGCCGUGCGAUUCAAAGAUCACACUCCCGAAACAAGCAAGGGAGUCGCUCGCUGAAAGUGCUGCAGAUGGAGUUUGAAAGCAGUUCUCCGGGCCGGGUAACUGUGUACUCCAUCCAGGGUUGUCCGCACUGUAUGCAGGCUAAGGCCACCCUGGGGCGUUUGGGAGUAACAGUAUGUGACGUGGAUAUAGGGAGGCAUCCACAGCUAAGACCCAAGGUGAAGGACCUGACAGGACGCAGCACGGUCCCUCAGAUCUUCUUCAACAACAUUCAUGUUGGGGGCAAUGAUGACCUACAGAAACUGGCUCCUGAGGAGCUUCAGAGGUUGGUGAAUCUGGUCAAGGAAGAACCUCUUUCAGCAGAUGCUCUACCACUACCAGAGGAGAACCAACCAGAGGACGCAGCUGGGGACACCGAUCAAGAGUUUAUGUGUGAGAGAGAUGAGUUGGCAGACCUGGUAGAGGACUUCAAACAUGCCAAUGUGAUUGGCAGUCAUAGGAGAGGACUGACAUUAUGCAAAAAGAGCUUCUCAGGUGAUCAGCUGGUUGACUGGCUGCAGAAAGAGAAGGGCAUGGCCAGGGCUGAGGCCUGUAAUACUGGCCAAGCAUUGUUGCAGAAGAAGUACAUGGUCAGUGUGCGCGGCGGUGGGCAACAGGAUGGCAGGUUUGGAGAAGGGAAAGCCACCAUGGACACACUGUACAGGCUGUUGGAGGAUGACCCUCAUUCAGCCCUCAACGCAGGACAGACAGCAUCAUGCGCUCUCAUCCAGGCUGCUGAGCUCUCUUUGCUUUUACGGGAGAUGAUUCUGAAAUUGUUCUCUGAUCAUCUGUCUGCUGAUGGCAAGUCUGUGGACUACAAAGGCAUGUCAGCGAACCCUGUGUUUGAGCGUUACGCUGAGCUGGCCAUUCAGCUGCAGAGGGUGGAGCUGCUUUCGCUGAGUCGAGAGGAGAAGCUGGCCUUCUUCAUUAACAUCUACAAUGCGUUGGUCAUCCAUGGGUACCUACGCCUGGGGGCUCCCACCAACAUGUGGCAAAGAUACAGAUUCUUUAACUAUGUGAGCUACCUGAUUGGAGGCGAAGUGUUCACAUUACAGGACAUUGAGAACGGUGUUCUCAGAGGGAACAGAAAAGGCGUCGCACAGCUCCUGAAGCCCUUUUCCAAAACAGACCCACGACUACAAGUGGCCCUUCCAGAUGCUGAGCCACUCAUUCACUUUGCCUUGAACUGUGGCGCAAAGGGCUGCCCACCAAUUAAAACAUACACUCCACAGGACAUUGACAGCCAGCUGCGCACAGCGGCUGAGGCCUUCCUGGAGAACGACGACGGCUGUAUGGUGGAUUCUGGGAAAAGAGAAGUGCGACUGAGUCAGAUAUUCAAGUGGUACAAAGCUGACUUUGGAGGCACUGAUGAGAAGCUGCUAAAGUGGGUGGUGGAGCACAUGGGCGACUCUCCCAAGAAGACCAGCCUGCAGGGUGUCCUUUCUGCUGGGAAGACCAAAGUCACCUUCCUCCCUUAUGACUGGAGCACCAACAGUACCCACUGAGCAUGCGCACACAAAUAUGUACACACACGUCUAGCCAGACGCUCUCACAUGUCUUUUUGCGUCUUUUCCACUUUCUACUGAGCUGCAUCUACUGAAAAACCAGAAAGUUGGUGAUGACAAAUGCACCAUGCAAAUGUUUUUUAUGCAAAAUAAACUGUAAAUCCAAGUGGCCAGAGGGGCGCGUUUGCACUGUACCAUAGAAUCAUACUUCUCUUGCAGGCUUAUCCUAGCUUUAAGGUCUUUAUUAUAAGCUCCUACAACCUGUGUUUGGAAGUCAUGUACUGCAUAUGAGUUGUACAUUCAAGUUUUUGGAACUUUAUUUUUAGAAAUCAAGUCGCACACAGGAACUAUUUACUGCAGCAGCGUGAUUAAUAGGAAGUGUGUUUUGCCCAUUGAGCACGUUAUUGACUUGUGUUAUCAAUGACCUACGAAAAAUGUCGAAGCCUGGAAAUAUUUUAGCUUAAAUGGACCUUUUUUCACGGCAACCAUUUUGACUUGGAAUAGUAGGGUGAACACGGGUGUUUCAAAUGAUACUAACUCGGGUCCCAUUCCAUCCAGGUCAAACAGAGUUAGGGUGCUGCUGUGGUGCACAUGAAAGUCUCUGCUGCAAUAAAUGGAACAGGACCUUAAUUAGUGUCAUUGGAAACGCCUGAGCUGACCCUACUACUUUGUGUCGAAACGGCUGCUGUGAAAAAGCUCUGUUGUCACAGAGAAAGCCAACCAAAAGCAUACUGUACAGUAAGAAUAAUAACCAUCAAAAUGGCUUCUACCAGUCCUGGUUUUAAGACAUCAUGUCAGCAACUCAGGAGUCAUAUGUUCUUUUUUUUGUCCAACACAGAACCUGUUUAGCUAUUUAUAUGGAAGAUUAGAACAGGGCGGAAGGAGAUGAUAACUUGGCUGAUCCAAACACACUGCCUUUACAAGCCAUAUCUAAACCCGUUGAACUUACAGACUCAUCUGCGCUCACCACACAAAGCUGCUCCCAUCAUUUCAGCACCAUUUUUAUCCUGCAGAUGUACAACAAGUCCAUGUUUUCUACAGGGAGAGAAAGUAAGAGCUCGUUGCAGUUUCAACACUUAACGUAAAAUGUGACAGCGCAUCAUUGUUAUGCCCAGUGGAUAUGAAAUACUACAAUAUGUAAACAGAACUCCGCCUGUGGCUGUAAGACACCAGAUGUUAGCCUUUAAAAGAUUUUUUUAAAGAAUUUCUGAACGUUUCCUUUUCUAAACAUCUACAAGCUUGUUCUUCUCCCCAGUGAAUUGGCACAUGUUGGACUGGAAUUAUAGUGUGGUGCAUCGGUUAUUCGGGGGCUGUAACCACUGAAGUCUUUCUUUGUGGAUAGCAUUGUUUUAAUUUCUAACCCCUUGUGAUAUUUUGUUUUUCCCCCUCCUACAUGGCUGUUUACCCCUCUUUUUGAUCCAGGUCUUCCAUUUCAAAUCGAAAAAGUGCUACUGCUGUGUUUUUAGCACAGUUAUUUAGUAAAAGAUGUAAUUUUGUGAAUUAUUAAAAAAAAUAUUUAUCAAAACUACACCCUUCCGGGAUGCACUCUGACACUUUGCAUGUUUAUCACCAACUCUAAAUGCUGUCGAGACAUGUUUGUACAAAGGAAAAUGUUGGUUCAUGUCAAUAUAAUGGACUGUGUUCAUCUGGCUAUUUAUUCCAAGGUAUUUGGGGGAACUGAAAAAAAAAGUCUUUAAAAUAUUUUUCAUUACUCACAUCAGCUAUCAUUAAUACAGUUAAAUGUAGCAGUUUAUGGUUGCAGGUUUUCGGUAUGUUGAGUUACUGCCUAUAGAGGACUACGAAACUGUACAUCCUUUUUUUCAACAUAGAAAAUCAAUUUCAUUGUCUUUUUUUUCCCAUUUUACCUGGCCUUAAAAAUGUAACAUAAUUACUUUAUAUGAUCAAGUGUGUGGCUUAGAACAAAAAGUCUAUUUAGGGGGGCUUUCUCUGUUUCCAUAAAACGAGGAUAUUCUUAUCUCAGGUCAAAGGAAAAUGUGACUGGAAACAAAAGUUAUUUGGCACUAUCAGUGCACUGUAUGCUGCAUGUUGUGUAUAGUCUUAGUGUCAUUCUGCACAGUUCAUAUUCCUUUGCUAAGACAUUGUCAUGCAUAUUACUGUAACUGUCCCGUUUCUUUGUUCUUUAAGCUACAAGCACCAAAGCUUAAAUUUUGCGUCAGCAUCAUUAAAUUAGCAUGUGUUUAAACUGGAAUGCGUUUGCAGCAUGAGAUACUGAAAAACUUUCCAAUCUUGAAUGCUGGCCUGACAGUUCAAUCAUAAGUAAUAGUUGGACCUAAACACUUGCCCCCAAUUAGCCAAUAUCGAGACACAAAUCAACACCCAAAAUUUGGUGAAGCCGGCCCUCAUUAAACUGUCAACUAAAAUGUGAAUCGCCUAGUCUUAAUCGACUGUGAAUAUACGCCUCCAGUGACAAGUGCACUCUUGGCUUCACUACACCUAACACCAUUAUUCAGUGAAUGAGAGCCAAAUAAAAGGAGAAGAGUCUUUGUGGGCUAAACUAAACAGAACAAACACGUUUUAUUGACUAUAUUGAUGAUCUAUGUCCGUUUUCAAAAUUACCUCACGUGUCAGGACAAUGUGAUGCAAAAACUUUUUUAAAUAAGCAGUUCUAAUAUAGUCAUUCUAUUUUCCACUUUCCUGGGGUUAACAAUGAAGCAAUAUGUUUCUGAAUAGUGAUUAUGCAAUGCCGAACUACAAAAUAAAAUAUAUUAUGAGCC